AUGUCUACAGUUGAGAACAUGAGAAACUUUGUCAACGAGCGACUAACUGCUGCUGCCGAAGAGAUAUUCAGAGUUUUUGAAAAAGCUAUUGUUGAGUACGAAGAAGAGGUCGACCGUCAGCGCAGACUGCUGGACAUCGUUUGGAAACCUGUAAUAAAGUUACACAGGACAGAACUCCCACAGCAACAUGUAUGUAAGGAGGAGGAGGGAAAAGAGGAAGAGGAGCAGCAGCUCUGUGUCGAGGAGAGGAGCCCCAGUCUGGACCAAGAGGACCCAGCGCCUCCACAGGUUAAAGAGGAACAGGAGGAACUCUGCACCGGUCAGGAGGGAGAGCAGCUUGAGCUGAAGCAGGAGACUGAGACCUUCAUGUUGACUCCUACUCAUGAGGAGACGGACCACAGUGAACCAGAACCAACAGUUGACCACCAGCUCCUCUCUUGCAUAUCUCAUGUCGUUGAAAGCCCAGAUCAGACUGAAAGCAGAGGUGAAAGGCCUCAUUCAUAUAGGUCUUUAAAAUGUGACACAUGUGGAAAAUCAAUGUCUAGAGUUGAGAACAUGAGAAAGUUUGUCAACGAGCGACUGACUGCUGCUGCCGAGGAAAUAUUCGGAGUUUUUGAAAAAGCGAUUGUUGAGUACGAAGAAGAGAUCGACCGCCAGCGCAGACUGCUGGACAUCGUUUGGAAACCUGAACUAAAGUUACAAAGGACAGAGCAACAUGUCUCUCUGGAGGAGGACGACGAUGAGGUGGAGGAGGUUCUCUGUGAGCAGCAGCAUCUCUGUAAUCAGCAGAAGAGCUCAAGUCUGGACCAAGAGGACCCAGAGCCUCCACAGAUUAAAGAGGAACAGGAGGAACUCUGCACCAGUCAGGAGGAAGAGCAGCUUGAGCUGAAGCAGGAGACUGAGACCUUCAUGUUGACUCCUAAUUGUGAGGAAAUACUUUGCCAGAGGAACAGACCCACUAAGAGUCAGUCCAACCCGAGCAUUUCAAAGAUUGACAGCAAUACUCACACGGAUAAAAAAAAAGUAAAAUGUGUCAUGUGUGGGAAGGCUUUUCAGUAUCAGUCCUUUUUGCAGAGACACCUGUUAAUACACACGGGGGAAAAGCUGUUUACUUGCGACACGUGUGGGAAAAGAUUCAGUCGGCUUUCAUCGCUGACUGAUCAUAAGACAAUCCACACAGGUGAGAAGCCGUAUUUAUGCCAAACAUGCGGAAAAGCUUUCAGACUUGAUUGUAGAUUAAGAGCUCACAUGAUGACCCACAAGGCUGAAAGGCUGUAUUCUUGCAACGUAUGUGGAAAAAGAUUCUGUUGGCCAUCACGAUUGAAGGCCCACAUGAGAAUCCAUGCAGCGGACGAGCCGUUGGAUCCGUUCAAGAUGAACCCUGGAAAGUGCUUCAGAGUUGAGAACAUGAGAAACUUUGUCAACGAGCGACUGACUGCUGCUGCCGAAGAGUUAUUCAGAGUUUUUGAAAAAGCUAUUGUUGAGUACGAAGAAGAGGUCGACCGUCAGCGCAGACUGCUGGACAUCGUUUGGAAACCUGUAAUAAAGUUACACAGGACAGAACUCUCACAGCAACAUGUAUGUAAGGAGGAGGAGGGAAAAGAGGAAGAGGAGCAGCAGCUCUGUGUCGAGGAGAGGAGCCCCAGUCUGGACCAAGAGGACCCAGCACCUCCACAGAGAGUUGAGAACAUGAGAAAGUUUGUCAACGAGCGACUGACUGCUGCUGCCGAGGAAAUAUUCGGAGUUUUUGAAAAAGCGAUUGUUGAGUACGAAGAAGAGAUCGACCGCCAGCGCAGACUGCUGGACAUCGUUUGGAAACCUGAACUAAAGUUACAAAGGACAGAGCAACAUGUCUCUCUGGAGGAGGACGACGAUGAGGUGGAGGAGGUUCUUUGUGAGCAGCAGCAUCUCUGUAUUCAGCAGAAGAGCUCAAGUCUGGACCAAGAGGACCCAGAGCCUCCACAGAUUAAAGAGGAACAGGAGGAACUCUGCACCAGUCAGGAGGGAGAGCAGCUUGAGCUGAAGCAGGAGACUGAGGCCUUCAUGUUGACUCCUACUCAUGAGGAAAGGGACCACAGUGAGCCAGAACCAACAGUUGACCACCAGCUCCUCUCUUACUUCUCUCAUGUAGCUGAGAUCCCAGAUCAGAUAGGAAGCGAGCAUGAACACUUAGAAUCAACCAGAAAUGUAGAGCAAAAUCCAAAGAAUCAACAUCAGCAAAGCAGAAAUUGUUUUAACAACGUACAUGAACCUGAAACGUCAAUUGUCGAGAAUACUCACACGGGUAAAAAUACUGUCCAAUGUGUCUUGUGUUACAAAACGUUUCAGUACAAGUCACGUUUGAUGAAACAUAUGAUAGUACACACAGGUGAAAGGCCUCGUUUACAAAGGUCUAUAAAAUGUGACAUUUGUGGAAAAGCUUUUAUCUACAAGUCAUGCUUACUCAUGCACAUGAGAACUCACUCGGGUGAGAAACCGUAUUCUUGCAACAUCUGCGGUAAAAGAUUCAGUCAGAAAUCUUCACUGAAUUCCCAUUUACGAAUUCAUACGGGUGAGAAACGAUAUUCUUGCCAAACAUGUGGGAAAGGUUUCGCUCGGCUAUCAAUAUUGAAAUCUCAUAUGACACUCCACACGGGUGAAAAGCCACUUACUUGCCUCUUAUGUGGUAAUACGUUCAGAAUUAGGCGUGACCUCUCAGUCCACAUGAGCAGAGACCACAGUGUCAAUGAAUUUGACUCAUCACUGCGCUGAAGAAAAGAAACAACAACCUGAGGAUCAAUAUCCACAGGAGAAACAAUCGGGCUACAUCUCUGACAGUGUAACACGUUUUAAAUAAUUUUAAGAUGACAAUAUCUUUCUAUCCCUUUAUUGAACUAUAUUACUGGAAUUUCUGUUUGCAAACAUCAUAAUUUACCAAAUGAAGGAGAAGUGUGUUUAUUGGCUUCUUGAACUUUGUUGCAAGAAUGUAUUAUAUGAGUUCAUUGUUAACUCUAAUGUUGAGCCUCAAUUUAUUUGUUGAUUUUCUUUUAAAAUUGGCUCAACUUCAUACAAGUUUUUUUUUUUUAGGAGACUAGAGAUGAUACACACAUUGUUGAUGAUGUGCUACAUGGGGUUCUACUGUUAUUUAAUCUUGUGUGUAUUAUAACAUUAAAGAUGAGUUUGUGAUGAUUUGAGAAUACCA